GCAAGCAGUGUACUGUGCAAAUUCCAAGACAUAAAUGUAACUUGGUACUUGGGAUUUUUUUCUCUAGUGCAAAAGAAUCUGACACAAUUCAUCUUGAAGGACAACAACACUAAGUUGAGUUACGUCACAAAGGGAAGGAAAGGGCAAGAACUUUCAAUUCAGAGGACUAAAUGAACUUCAAAUGACCUUUUAAUAGCAGCUGAGGAGAGAUUCUCUUUUCUUCAGGACUUAUUAUCAAGCAUUUUAACCUUUUUACAAUUUUUUAUUCUGAAAUACAAUCCUUUGGGAACGGCAUAGUCAAAAUGUCCACAAAUGGAAUAAACACAGCUCUAAAGCUCCAGUUUGGACUUAUCAGUCACGAAAGUGGUUACCUCACAGCAGAGGCAUUUGGGUUCAAGGUAAAUGCAUCUGGAACCAGCAUGAAGAAGAAGCAGACCUGGACCCUGGAGCAGGACCAGGAUAGCCAGGUGGUUUUCUUGCGUAGUCAUCUUGGACGUUAUCUUGCCUCAGAUAAAGAUGGCAAGGUAAGCUGUGAGGCGGAAGUGCCAGACACUGACUGCCGUUUUUUGAUUGUGAUCCAGUCAGAUGGACGCUGGGCUUUGCAGUCCGAGCCAUACUCUCGUUAUUUUGGAGGUUCUGCAGAAUACCUGUCCUGUUUUGCCCAGACCAUUGGGGAUUCCGAGCUGUGGGCAAUGCAUCUUGCUCUCCAUCCACAAGCCAACCUGCUAAGUGUUGCCCGCAAACGCUACGCUCACCUGUCCAGUGAAGUUGACGAGCUCUGCAUGGACAGCAACAUACCUUGGGGAGUGGACUCCCUGGUCACCUUGGUCUACCUGGAUGGGAAAUACAGUCUGAAGACCUGUGACAACCGCUUUCUCAGCAAUGAUGGCAAGUUGGUAAUGGACAAUGGGCCUAACACCAGUUUUACCCUGGAGCUCAAGUCUGGCAAGUUGGCCUUCAAGGACUGUGAGGGGAAGUACCUAACCCCAACGGGACCCACAGGUACCCUCAGGUCUGGGCGCUGUUCAAAGCCAGGGAAAGAUGAACUGUUUGAUCUGGAAGAGAGUCACCCACAAGUUGUUUUCCAAGCAGCCAACAAAAGAUACGUAUCCAUUCGGCAAGGUGUUAGCAUCUCAGCUAAUCAGGAUGAUGAGACAGAUACGGAGACGUUUCUGAUGGAGAUUGACAAAGACAGAAAGAAGUGUAUGUUCAGAACCAACGGUGAAAAUUACUGGACACUCGUUACUCAUGGAGGCAUUCUGUCCACGGCCACAGAACCAGAGGAAAACACCAUGUUUGACUUUGAGUGGCUGGGCCGGAGCAUCGCUUUGAGGGCAAGCAAUGGAAAAUAUGUCUGCACGAAGAAAAAUGGACAGCUUGCUGCUGUCAGUGAUUCUUUGGGGGAGGAUGAGAAGUUUGUGCUAAAGCUGAUUAAUCGUCCUAUCCUGGUCUUGCGUGGAGAAAAUGGCUUUGUGUGUCACCACAAGAGUUCCAACACACUGAAUGCCAACCGCUCUGUUUAUGACAUCUUCUCAUUGGUGUUCAGUGAUGGAGCAUACCAGAUAAAAAGUGGAAAUGGAAAGUUCUGGUAUGUCUCAAGCAGCGGUCUGGUGUGCACAGAUGGGGACAAGCCUGAGGAUUUCAUCUUUGAGUUUGUGGAGUAUGGACGGGUCGCCAUCAAGUGUCAAAAUGGCAAGUACCUGCGUGGAGAUCAGGGAGGCACACUGAUGGGUGAUGGUCUCAGUGUUGAUGUUAAUUCACUGUGGGAACACUGAGUGCUGACCACAGAAUCACAUGAAAACAGCUACAGACUGAUGAAGAGUCCCCAUGAUGACACUGGCUAAAAGCUGAUUUUUUUAGCAAUACAUUUUCCUCUCAACUUCUUUCUUUCAGUUUUUUUUUGCUUCAGCAUUUGAUUCACCAAUCUUGGGCUUUCCACAAUUGUAAUUUUAAUCCAGCGUCUGACCCAAAAUUCUGGGUUAUCAUGUUUCAUGUUUUACAUUAUUCAUACUUUACCCUGGUAAAUGAAUGAAUCUGGGGUAUUCGUGUUUCGAGAUUUUACAUUGCACUGUUUUUACUGUAUGUAAACCCUGAGUUAACAUUCUUUUUAUAUAUUGCUGUUCAAUUUCUGAUUGGUUGUCUGCGGAACAACUGGCCGUGACAUUUUAGCACUGCAUCGUUUCACACUGUAUAAAUUCUAAGUCUGCUCUGGAGAUGCGCUUCAUAAUCCAGGGUUAAAAUCGGUGUGAACCCCCUUUCAUAUUUUGUGAAAUAUUGCUAAGCCUGGGGUUAAAGGGAGUUCACCCAAAAAUGAAAUUUCUCUCAUUAUUUACUCACCCUCAUGCCAUCCUGGAUGCGUAUGACUUUCUGUCUUCAGCAGAACACAAAUUAAGGUUUUUAGAAAAAUAAUUCAGCUCUGUAGGUCCAGGCAAGUGAAUGGGUGCCAAAAUUUUGAAGCUCUAAAAAUCACACAAGUCAGUAUAAAAGUAAUCUAUAUGACUCCAGUGGUUAAAUUAAUGUCUUCAGAAGCAAUUUGAUGUGGGUGAGAAACAGAUAAAUAUUUUAGUAAAUUGUUUUACUAUGAAUUCCCUGCUCAGUCAAUCUCCACUUUAACAUAUGGAUUACUUUUAGGCCUUUAUUUGCUUUUGGAGCAUCAGAAUUUUGGCACCCAUUCACUUGCAUUGUGAUAUUCUACAGAGCUGAGAUAUUCUUCUUUGUGUUAGUGUGAAAAGCCCUUCUUAUAAAUUAAUAUUUAUACAAUUGCCAAUGUUCUUCAGUACAACAAUCUCAAUAACCAACUAGUCAUAUCCAUUUAUGCACAUGAUGGAACAAUUUAAAGUUUCACACAUCCAAAUUGGUUUUCAAAUCUGAUCUAUAGAUUGACUGUCCACACUGUCAUUUUGCAAGUGAUGACAUAUGAUCUGUUUGUUCUGAGAUUGUAGUCAAUAUCUUGUAUGGUCAGUGUGAAGACAAAAGACUGAAAACUGGAAAUUUUGCCUCUGCUCAAGUCCAUCAUGACAUCUCGCCAUGGUGCUGCAUGAGAAGAGAACAUAAGCAUCAAGUGCAUUUUACACAUUCAUGCAUAAACUGUGCUGUGUACAAAACCACUGGCUCGUUCUCUCAUUCACUAUACACUAAAGCGUGAACGUCACUUAAGCCACUUUUCCACCAUCAGGCCAAACAAUGUAAUGGUUCCAGGCCCAGAUUUCUCAGCACGGUACUUAACUGCGCUGGUGGAACGACUACUGUAUAGUGACAUGGCAACUCACGAUUGGUCACUUGCCCAAUAAGUCCAAUACUGUCUUUGCAGCACCACAAUGGGAAAAUAAAUUGUACCUGUGCCAACAAGCCCAAAUCCAUUCAGGGUUCUGCAAUGGUGACCAUUCAGAUUGAUGGUGGAAAAGCAGUUAUUAACUUCUUAAAAGGAUUAAUCUUGUCCCAUAAAUUAAACUGCUUUUGAGUAAACCUCCUGAGAGGCCUUAACAAUUCCCAACAUGCCCUCAUAUUUGUUCAUUGUUUCCUGUAUCCUGAAAGGAUCCUUGCAAUUUUAUGUUGACAGAUACAGUGAAUAUUACUAAUUAAUAUUUAUUAAUUUAUUACUAAUUAAUAAAUUAGUCUCUAAACAUAUGACUUGCUACAUUGUUUUCAAACAUUCAGUGUGGUUAAGACUGAACAAAAUAAGGUGAAUAUCUUAAUGUGUUUCUGUGUGAUUACUCAUACACAUUAUUUAUGUUUGAUUAAACAAAGUUAUUACAAUUAUAUAAAUGGACAUGAUUUCUCAAUAAAUAAGUAUUCAAAUUAUCUUUCUUUCUGUAAAGCUCUAAAGAAAUACCAGAUGAUCACAGUGUCCUCAUCAAACAAGUUUUCCUCAUAAAGACAUGAAUUGUAAUUUUGCAAUAUAUGUAUGACAUCAUGAGCACUCACAAUAAAAUGAA